AUGGCGCGUGGUGCGAACGUGAAAAGGAGACGUUUGAGCCCUCCUGCCGAGGAGGAGGGCUCUGCCUCUCGCAACAAGGACAAUUCCUUCAAUCGCGACAACGAAUGGGAUGUCGAAAUGGACUACGAACGCCGCCCGCGAAAAGGGAACAAGAAAGCCAACGAGCAGACUCGAUUGCCGAUUAAGACCUCCGAGGGACUCGUUGAAGCUAUGGAAGAAACCGAAGAACCCGAAGACGCAGGUGAAGAAACCGACAGCUUCUUGGGUACCGACGAUGACGGUGAAGGCGAAGAAUCCGAAGAGGAAGAGGAGGCUGUUGAAGAGAAGAAGCCCAAAAUUCCGAUCAAGGUUCAGAUAAUGCAGGCCAAGGAAGACCUCGCCCGAAUCGCUAUGCUGAUCAACGAGGACCCCGAAGAAAACAUUGCGCUGUUCAAGACAAUGGCUGAAAUGGUGGAGAAGAAGGACUCGCCGAUCACUGUCAAGAAGCUCGCUCUGGCGUCUCAAGCUGCGAUCUUCAAGGAUGUAAUUCCCGGUUACAGGAUUCGCCCUCUUAGCGAGGAAGACAAGACCGCGAAGGUUUCAAAGGAUGUGCGAAAGUUGCGCGAUUUCGAGCAGUCCCUUGUGUCCAACUACAGAAACUACGUCAACAAGCUGUCUACUAUUGCCAAGCCUGGCAAAUUCGUCCAGGUCGAUCCUGGCCUGAAGAGCAUGGCCAUCAACUGUGCCUGCAGCAUGCUCCAAGCUGUCCCACAUUUCAACUUCCGCAACGACCUGCUCAAGAUCGUUGUGAAUCGCCUCGCCAAGAAAUUGAUUGAUGCAGACCAGAUCAAGUGCCGCGAGACAUUGGAGGAUAUUUUCGCAAAGGACAACGAUGGCGUCGUUUCUCAAGAAGCUGUGCGCCUGCUCGCGAAGAUGAUGAAAGCCAGAGACUUCAAUAUUAACGAGACCGUUUUGGAUACCUUCCUUCAUCUUCGCCUACUUGGCGAGUUCAAUUCGAAGGCCUCACAAGACCGCGUGGACCGGAAAGAAGAGGAGCAACCCCAUGGCAAGAAGCAGAAGCAGAAGCGCGAAUUCCGCACAAAGAAAGAGCGCAAGCUGCAGAAGGAGCGCAAGCUUGUUGAGAUUGACAUGAAACAGGCGGAUGCGAUUGUAUCUCAUGAGGAACGUGACAAGAACCAGGCCGAGACACUGAAGCUCGUCUUUGGUAUUUACUUCCGCAUUCUGAAGGCGCGCAUUCCACACUUGAUGGGCCCUGUGCUUGAGGGCCUGGCCAAGUAUGCUCGUCUGAUCAACCAGGACUUUUUCGGUGACCUGUUGGAGGCAAUGAAGGAUCUUAUCGGCCAUGCCGAGCGCGAGGAACUUGGUCAAGAAGGUGAAGACGAAGAAGAAGAUGAUGAGAACGAAGAGCGUGCGCCUGCAUCCGAGAGCAGAGCUCGCGAUGCGCGCCGCGAGACACUGCUCUGCACAAUCACCGCCUUCGCCCUCUUGGAAGGACAAGACACUAGCAAGGCCGCCGCAACCCUCCACCUCGACCUCAGCUUCUUCAUCAAACACCUCUACCGAUCACUCUACUCGCUCGCCGUCAACCCCGAUGUCGAGUACAACCCCGGAACCUCUUUGCGUCUUCCCGAUCCCAAUGCCCACGGAGAAGAUGCCCAGGCUCGCAUGCGAUCAAAGAACAAGGUCAACUUCCAGACCCCUAUGGUCUUGCUCCUCCGCUGUCUACAGUCCUCCCUCCUCUCCCGUGCACAUGGUAUGCCGCCACCAAGUCGCCUGGCCAGUUUUGCCAAGCGUCUGAUGACAACUUCCCUCCAACUGCCCGAGAAGUCUGCGUUGGCCACCUUGACUUUGAUGAACCAACUCGCAAAGCACAACCAGCGCCGAAUCUCGUCUCUGUGGCAUAGUGAUGAACGCAAAGGUGAUGGCGUGUUCAACGCAUACGCGAACGAUAUCGAGAGCACGAAUGUCUUUGCAGGCUCCGUAUGGGAGGGCGAGCUUCUCCGCAUGCAUUAUUGCCCGCAAGUGCGAGAGUCAGCCAUUGAUAUCGAAAAGCUGAUGAAUGAUUCGAAGUAG